GGAUGGAUGCGCGCGGGAGAGGGCAGGGGCCGAUGCUGCUCAGGAGCCCGCCUGGUGCCCGCCAGCCGCGCCCCAGCAGGCGAGCGAGCCCGCCAGCUCCUCCCCCUGCAGGUGCGCACAGCGCGGCCCGGCCUGAGCUGCCUCCGCCGCUGCGCACUGGAGGGAAGGGGCCCGGGCUGCCGCCGCCGCCUGCGGGGAGGAGGCAGAGGAGAAGCUCCUCCUGCCCGGGCCGCUGCCGGCCCCUCAGUCCCGCUGUGCUAGCGCGGUGCGGGCAGCCCGGCCGCUGCGGUUCCUUGGCUUCGCCUGGCUUCCCCCCAAGGCACGGAGACCGCGGGGAGACUCCCGCCUGCCCGGCGCGUGAGGGACCGCACCGAGGGCCGGGGCUGGUGCGGAGCCGGAGCCGCUUUGUGUCGCCCGGGGAGCUGUAAUGUUUUCUUCUUCCUCCACAAGAUCUUAAGUAUUGAGAUUCUGAAGAACAAACGUGAAGGAUGCCAUCUGAGAGGUGCCUCAGUAUUCAAGAAAUGCUGACAGGUCAAAGGCUUUGCCAAUCCAAUUCACAUAAUGAUGCUGUCUUGGCAGCCCUGAACCAACAAAGAAGCGAUGGUAUACUUUGUGACAUCACCCUCAUUGCAGAAGAACAGAAAUUCCAUGCCCAUAAGGCAGUUCUUGCAGCAUGCAGUGAUUAUUUCCGAGCAAUGUUCAGUCUCUGUAUGAUUGAAAGUGGAGCUGAUGAGGUGAAUUUGCAUGGUGUCACAAGCCUAGGUUUAAAGCAGGCCCUGGACUUUGCAUACACUGGACAGAUUUUGUUGGAGCCAGGAGUAAUCCAGGAUGUGCUAGCAGCUGGUAGUCACCUGCAGCUGUUGGAGCUCCUCAGGUUAUGUUCUCACUAUCUCGUCCAGGAAUUAAAUAGCUUUAAUUACUUGGACCUGUAUAAGCUCGCUGACCUCUUUAACCUCACUUUGCUGGAGAAGGCAGUGGUUGACUUCUUAGUUAAACACCUCUCUGAGCUGCUGAAGAGUCACCCGGAGGAAGUCCUGGCUCUCCCAUACUGUCUCCUUCGAGAGGUCCUGAAGAGCGACCGACUCACUUCUCUUAGUGAAGAGCAAAUCUGGCAGCUAGCUGUGAGGUGGUUGGAACACAACUGCCGCUAUCAGUACAUGGAUGAACUUCUCCAGUAUGUCCGCUUUGGCCUUAUGGAUGUGGAUACACUACAUACUGUAGCCCUUCCUCAUCCUCUUGUCCAAGCUAGUGAAACUGCGACUGCACUUAUUAAUGAGGCCUUGACAUAUCACCAGAGCAUCUAUGCACAGCCAGUUUGGCAGACCAGACGGACGAAACCUCGCUUCCAGUCGGACACUCUUUACAUUAUUGGUGGGAAAAAACGUGAGAUCUGUAAAGUAAAAGAACUCCGGUACUUCAAUCCGGUAGAUCAGGAGAAUGUUCACAUCGCAGGGAUUGCAAAUUGGAGUGAACUGGCUCCCAUGCCUGUCGGGAGAAGUCACCACUGUGUAGCUGUCAUGGGAGAUUUUCUGUUUGUAGCUGGUGGAGAGGUUGAGCAUGCCACAGGCCGCACUAGUGCGGUAAGGACUGCCUGUCGGUAUGACCCCCGUAGUAAUUCUUGGGCUGAAAUAGCUCCAAUGAAGAACUGCAGGGAACAUUUUGUACUGGGAGCUGUGGAUGAGAACCUCUAUGCGGUAGGGGGAAGAAAUGAACUACGUCAAGUUUUGCCUACAGUCGAGCGGUAUUGUCCUAAGAAGAACAAGUGGGCCUUUGUUCAGUCCUUUGACAGAUCCCUUUCAUGUCAUGCAGGAUCUGUGGUGGAUGGACUUCUUUGGAUAUCAGGAGGAGUAACAAAUACUGCACAAUACCAGAACAGGCUAAUGGUCUAUGAUCCUAAGCAGAAUAAGUGGAUAAGCCGAAGCCCCAUGUUACAGAGGAGAGUGUACCAUUCCAUGGCUGCUGUCCAAAGGAGGCUUUAUGUUUUAGGUGGGAAUGAUUUAGACUACAAUAAUGAUCGGAUUCUUGUACGCCACAUAGACUCUUAUAACAUAGACACCGACCAAUGGACGCGCUGCAGCUUCAACAUGUUGACAGGUCAGAAUGAAUCUGGCGUUGCUGUCCACAGUGGAAGAAUAUAUUUAGUUGGCGGCUAUUCUAUUUGGACAAAUGAGCCUUUAGCAUGUAUCCAGGUGCUGGAUAUUAGCAAGGAAGGGAACGAAGAAGUAUUCUACGGGCCUACACUUCCUUUUGCUUCUAAUGGAAUAGCAGCAUGCUUCCUUCCAGCUCCCUAUUUCACAUGCCCCAACCUCCAGACUUUACAAGUGCCUCACCACAGGAUUGGCACUAUGUGAGAAAAAGAAUACACCAUCCAUAAAAGCAAAAGGGGGGAAAAGUGCUGCAUACAGCAAUUUCACUUUUGGAUCAAUUGAAAUGCAAUGAAUAAAAUGCUUCUUUAUCUUCUACAUAUUUGUCUUAAAGUCAAAUAACAAUAGGCAAAAAAUGAAAUUUUUUUUCACUAAAAGCUCCACACCUCAGUCUGCAAUUUCUCUCUGGCCCAAACUAGGAACUUACACUUCAUACCACCCCAUUUGCCAUUUUCUCUGGGUGACAACUUGUUACCUGCCUCUAUUUAAGUUCUUUAUACAUCUUUGAAAGGCAUUCUGAGUGCACUCAGCAUCCUGCCUGGCCUAUUGUUCCUUGGGGUCUGCACAUUAAAUGGAUUGCCAGUGGCCCUGUUCAAAGACAAUAUAAUACAAUGUUUAUAAGCUUAACAAGGACAAUAUUCUAUUAUGCUAAAUUAUUCAACUUCCUAGGUACCUGUGGCAAAAAGGAUAAAUGCACUGACCUUCAGUUCCCAACUUCUUCACCACUAAAGUUUCUCAUUUAACAAAACUUUAUUGGAAAUUUAGAUAGCGUGAAACAUAAUAAAGCAAAAAAAACCAACCAAACCCGUUCCCCCUUUAAAUGUAUUAUGGGCAGCUACCAAGAAACUGAUUUUUUGCAUCUCAUACAAAUACAGGACUGAGGUUUCAGUGGCUAUUACUGUACAACACUGUAUUGAACCUGCUUGUCGAAGAAAUUGAUAUACAAAAUUAUCUUUAUUUACCAAGGUCUACUUUUAAAUGUUAUCUUCUAUCAGAUGAUCAGUUCUUCCUGAUACCUGCAAUCUUUUAAUGAUUGGAAAUAACCUCUUUACUAUAUAAUUAAAAUGCACCAUUUACUUCAUAUUUUUAGUAGCCAGUUUGUAAAGGGUUACCAUAUUUACAAUUCUCAGUGAACAGUCUCAUUUUGUUCAACAUAUGGUACCACAAAUCACUGGCUUCUAGAGGCUAAAUCGGUGUAUAAUAAAGUCAAUACUUUAUUUAUUCUUUCAAUUUAUAUAGUGUCCCCAUGCAAUACUCCAGGCAUAUGUACAAUUUAUAAUAAUAAAACCAAACCAUUAUAUUCUGGUUUUCUCUGGCUAUUGUGACCCCUGCCCUUUUUUUGAUGUUUUUGCCAUUUAUUUGCAUAUAUGUGACAUGGGUGUUCGUAAAUAUUAACCAAGAAGAAUACUAUUAAACCUCUCAGUUGAUGACCUGCGGCCACAAUGCAUUUCUCUGAUCUAUGUACUUAUAGGUCCCACACCACCAUACUAUUUGAACAGAUCUCAGAACAUAGAAUUCCUGUUGCUAUUCAUGGUAAUUUCAAGUCCAGAAUAGCAUCAAGGAAUACCCAGUGCAUUUUUGGAGAGGAGUAUUUUGCUCUUAGUCCAAUGAGAACUGUUACUGAGUCAAAUAAAUUUGAUCAUACAGAUGGUAAUUCUUUUCAGGGCUACUGUUAAUGAUAAAAGGAAGUUCCACUUAUCCCAUCUGAUUUUUCUUCUUGGAGUUGUCCUUAGGAAACUUCACCUUUUCAAUGUGUCAGCAUAGAUUUUGUAUCAAAAAUUGUUUUGUCAAUUGUCCUAGACAACUUAAAGGUAUACAGGGUAGAAGAGAUCUAACUGCAUAUUUGUCACUCGGAAUGAUUAUCUGAGCACUGACAAUACUUUCUUUCCAUGAAGACUCAGCUGUGAGGAAAUUUAGAUCGAUAUUUUCCCCCCUAAUUGUAUGUAGAACUGCAUGGCUCAUGGGUCUCGAAGGUCACUGAAUUUUUUAUUUUGCUUUUCUCUGGUCUCCUGCAGACCAGCAUCCGGAGGCAUUUCUUAGUUUCUCAAUACAGAACAGGAAUUCUUGAAAACUUACUCUGACUUUAGAAAGUAAUCUCCCUACAUAGUAUAUGGGGUUUAUGCCUUGCUUUGUAUUUGAAAUUUCCAGGAUCCUGAGUUGUUUGUAUUUUCCAGCAGCAUCAAGUGUUUUAGUCUCUAGGCAGCGUGACCUAAGUGAUGGGAGCAGGGGUCUGAGAGUCAGGGCCCACAGCUUCUGAUACUGAUUUUGCAUAUGAAUGAGUCAUCAACCUCUAGAAUGAUUUUCCCCAUCUGGAAAAGGUGUAUAUAAUACUACCCAUUUCACUGCUGUUGGGAAAACUUAUUGAAGUUUGUAAAGCACUGAGACAGACAAAAGUUCCCAGGAUAUUUUCUGCAUUUAUACAACUCGUUUUCUUGUUUUGGUAUUUUAAUUUCUGUAAACCCCAGUACACUCACCAGUCCCCCAUAUGGUCGGCUAGCCACAGCUGUGAAGUUAUAGUUAAAAGGUUUCUUUCAGGAGGACAGAGGAUUACCAUUUUUUUAACUGUCCAUUUACCCAGGGCAGCAGGCUAUGUAGAAAGUUUCUAGAACUUGGAGUGGCAUUAGUUUCCUUAUGCAAAGAUGCAUGUGCCAUACAGUUCAAGGACUGACAGGCAGGAGAGUAUAGGGCAAGAAAAAGUUAUCACAUUUGCUCUGGUCUUUCGACACUUUUACUGCUCUGGUUGUAAUCAUCGUCUAUCCUGGUGAAUAGCAGUUUUAAACAGCUGUGCAACUGCAUUACAUUAGUUUUAGAAUUCCAGAGCCAGAGAAUAUAGCCUAUGCUUCAGUUAGUGUCAGGAUUCAGCUCCAGCAAUCAGAGACAUCUUUCAUGUUGAUCACUUAUCUUCAUAGAAUCAUAGAAUAUCAGGGUUGGAAGGGACCUCAGGAGGUCAUCUAGUCCAACCCCUUGCUCGAAGCAGGACCAAUCCCCAAACUAAACCAUCCCAGCCAGGGCUUUGUCAAGCCUGACCUUAAAAACCUCUAAGGAAGGAGAUUCCACCACCUCCCUAGGUAACCCAUUCCAGUGCUUCACCACCCUCCUAAUGAAAAAGUUUUUCCUAAUAUCCAAACUGAACCUCCCCCAUUGCAAUUUGAGACCAUUACUCCUCGUUCUGUCAUCUGCUACCACUAAGAACAGUCUAGAUCCAUCCUCUUUGAAACCCCCUUUCAGGCAGUUGAAAGCAGCUAUCAAAUCCCCCCUCAUUCGUCUCUUCUGCAGCCUAAAUAAUCCCAGUUCCUUCAGCCUCUCCUCAUAAAUUAUGUUUUCUAGUCCCCUAUACCUUCUGCAUGCUGUACUAUUUGCAGCUUCAGUUAUAGAACAUGCAGACUUACACCUGACUCCAAGAGGGAGGAAGAAUUCUGCUUUUCAGUGCCUAAAGUUAGGGAGUGCCAUCUAUCUUUUACCAAGUGAGAGAUUAUGCAAAGAGGCGCUCCCUGGUGCCAGCGGGGUAUACUGUGCUCUUGGCAGGAAUGGGGGUGAACAGGUGAUGGUUUGGAGAAGGCAGCUUUGACUAGCAACUGGAGCUCUGUAGAAGUCCUGCUGGCGGAGGCUAUGCAGUGGAUGCAAUUGAAUCAGCACAUCCCUAACUAGUGCCACCCAUUUCUGAGGCUGGAUGGGCUGCAGGCUCCUUGAUGUGGGUGCCUUCCAUAGGCCCAGCCUCCACAGAGACUUCAGUGGUGUGAAAUUUACCAAAUCUUCUGCCAACGCAAAUCUUGGAGUGAAUCAAACCCAGCAUCCAUUCUUGCCAAGUCACCAGUUUUGACACUGCGGUCUAAUAGAAGAUAUGUCCAACUGCUAUUUUUUGAUAGAGCCUUAAGUUGUCACUUUACUUUUGGACCAGAAAAGGAAAAGAAUGUUUUUUACAUGGCCAGUCUACUCUAUGAGUGAAAGAAGAAAACAGUGGGAAAGCUGAUGGUAACAUAAUUCGCUUGGGCUUCCAACUGGAGAAAAGAGUGUGGAGUAAUGGACAAGAUCUCAAGCAAUAACAACUCACUCAAGCCUCUUCACCAGCUUAAUAAGGGAAAAUAGCGGUAAGACCGAAUA